AAGUUUUGAGGGAUGAAAUGAUCAAGAUUCCCAUGUGAUUGUGAUCAUUCUAUCGAAACAAACCUAUGAAAAGUUUAAUAAAAUCUACAUUAUGUUCCAAGAGAAUGAAGGAAAAGAGUUUGCUGAAUUAGGUGUAAAACCUUGGCUUAUAAAGCAGCUGGCGACUUUAGGCAUCAAAGCACCAACACCUAUACAAAAAGGAUGCAUUUCGAAAAUUCUAGAAGGACAUGAUUGUAUAGGUGCAGCUAAAACUGGAUCUGGAAAGACUUUUGCAUUUGCAUUACCUAUUUUACAACGUUUGGCUGAAGACCCUUUUGGGAUUUUUGCCCUCAUCUUGACUCCAACUCAUGAAUUAGCUUAUCAGAUUGCCGAUCAAUUUCAAAUUCUGGGUCAGCCUUUGAAACUCAGAGUAUGUAUAGUGACAGGUGGAUCGGAUCAAUUAGAGGAGUCAUUGAAACUGGCCAAGAGACCGCAUAUAGUUGUGGCUAUGCCUGGUCGAUUGGCUGACCAUAUAACAGGCUGUGAUACAUUCUCAUUGAGGAAGAUUAAGUAUUUGGUGUUGGAUGAAGCUGAUCGGCUAUUCAGUGAAUCAUUUGAAGAAGAUUUAAAAACGAUAUUUAGUGUGUUGUCACCGAACAGACAAAACUUAUUGUUCUCAGCUACAAUAACGGAUGAUGUGAAGGAGUCCAAGCUUUUGCCACUUAAUAAGGAUCAACUCCUCACAUGGUCAGAAUCAGAUGGUCAAGUGACAGUGAGCACGUUGGACCAACGCUACGUGGUGUGCCCCGCGUACGCGCGCGACGUGUACCUCGUGCAGACGUUGCGAAAGUACCGGGAGGGGAAGCCGAGCUCGCAUGUCAUUGUAUUCACGGAUACUAAGAAAGAGUGUCAAAUCCUCUCAAUGAUGCUAAAUGCGAUCGGCAUGGACAACGUCUGCCUGCACGGCUUCAUGCGGCAGAGGGAGCGGGUGGCCGCCCUCACACAGUUCCGCAGCAACCUCAAGUGCACCCUCAUUGCAACGAAUGUGGCUGCUAGAGGCUUGGACAUACCCACCGUGGACCUGGUCGUCAAUCACAAGCUACCGCUGGAGGCUAAGGAGUAUAUACAUAGAGUGGGUCGUACAGCCCGAGCUGGGAGGAGUGGAUUGGCGAUAUCCCUUAUCACUCCCUAUGAUAUCCUGCGACUCGGGGAGAUCGAAGAAAGGAUUAACACCAAAUUGACAGAGUAUAAAAUAGACGACGAGGAAGCAGUCAAAGUGUUCACGACGGUGAGCGUGACGCGCCGCGAGCAGGAGGCGCAGCUCGACAACGAGGAGUUCGAGCUGCGCAAGCGCAACUACCGGCACAAGCGCUGGAUACUCGCCGGGGUGGACCCGGAUGAGAUGGAACAUGGAUUGGAAGAAAUGCGCCGCAAGCGCAUCAAAGCUGCGAAAAAAGCUAAACUAGCGAAAAUAAAAGAAAUCCAAGCACAGAUAAAAGAUGAGGGAGCGAAACAGAACGAGAGCGAUCGUCUACAACAGAGUGAGAUAGAAGACAUUGAUAAAACUAUAAAAGAUGGACUUAAGAGAGUCAAUAAGACUUUAAUGAAAAAGGACGAUAGAUUCAAAAAUGUAAUUGGGAAAAUAAAUAAGAUUAAAAGAAAAGCAGAGAACAUCAAACAGAAGACGGGUGCAGAAAAGACUUCUAAAAAGAAGAAAAAAGUUGUUAAAUAAAUAUUUUUUAUAAUACUGAUA